AUGUUUGACUUGAAGAAGAGGAAUAGUUUGACUGUGACGUGCACUCGCGAGACGGAGGAGUUCCGACGAGUGGCGGUCAGACGGAAGGCCAAAGGUGCUGCGGUGGACUGUCGCGCUUCACGUACAGUAGUGAGCAGUGGGGUGUGUGGCUCGUACAGCUGUGGCCGUGCUUGUGGCAGUGUCUGUGGAUCAGAACCAAACUCUGAAUUUGGAGAAGAGGGAGACAUCAAAAAAAGCCCAGCUAAAGAAUCACUUUUACAACCACAAGUGGCUCCUGAACCAGCUCACCUCCAGAGUCCUCUGAGGGCAGAACACGCUCAAGGUCACAAUACCACUACAGGAAAAUUAGUGCCUCAAUGGGUUGAUGGCACAGAGCAAGACCAGAGUCCUCAAAGAGAUUGUGAACUUUCUAUUUCCUGUGUCAGCCCAGUACAGAAUUAUUUAGGCUCCCCCAGUCCUGUCAGAGGAGGAGGGAGUAGGUUUUUAAAUGGAGUGUCUGCAGCACACAUCAGCCCUGCCAGACAUACGGAGGGGAUUCCAAAUCUGACAAGCAGUCCAGUUUUUAGAUCUCCAAGUCCAGGCAAAAGAGGCAUUCAUAGCUGUAGCAAACUGAGGGAAGGAUGCCACAGUCCUGCUAAGUUGUCCCCAAGGAACCAGAGCCCUCUCGCAGGAAAACUGCGGACCCCCAGCCCCAUUCAGGGGAGGAUGGGGAGCUAUAGCCCAGCCAAGAACUCUAAAUCCUGGCUGGGACUGCACAGAAUCCCAAGCAGCAAGAUGGAAGGACAAGAGAAGACAGCAGGGAAAUCUCUGAGCGUGCCUAACUUAAUUGUUUACUUGGAUGAGAACAGGAUUACAACUGAAGAAGUUGAACGCUCUCCACUGAAACUGCUGCAGUCACCCAACUGCAACAGGCCAGCCAUCACCAUCAAAGCCCCAAUUAACCACAGACUGAAUCAUUCCACAAAUGAAGCCCAUUUAUCAAGCACUAGCACAGAAAAAAACAAAGAGCACUCCCCACAACAAAUGAAUGGCAUAGCACUGGGGAAAGAUUGCUCAGUAGUAAAGGUGAGAGGAAUAAAUGACAGAAAAGAAGAAGGCAAGAAGCCCAAAGGAUAUGGCUCCAAGUUUUCCUGCCAGUGGAAUGAGACAACCACAGAAGAUGGCAGGGUUCACAAAGAGUCUGAAAGUGAACUAAAUAUUGAGAGGAGGGAGGAGACAGGAGAUGAUCAAAAAGUUGAAGAGAACAUAGAGCAGAAAUUGUACAAGAUAGCCAGCGAACUCCUGCAGACAGAGAGGGCCUACGUGGCUCGUCUGCACCUGCUAGACCAGGUGUUCUGCUUACGCCUGACGGAAGAAGCAGGUCGAGGCUCAUUUCCUCCUGAGGUGAUAAGAAAUAUCUUCUCCAACAUUUCCUCUAUCUACUCCUUCCACAGCCAGUUCCUGCUACCUGACCUGGAAGAGUGCAUCAGCCACUGGUGUGAGAGCCCAGGCCUGGGUAAUGUUCUGCUGCAACAUGCACCUUUCCUGAGGAUGUAUGCAGACUACAUCAGGAACUUUGACCAGGCCAUGGAGCUGGUCAGGACCUGGACUGAGCGCUCUGCUGCUUUCAAAAACAUCAUCCAGGACAUACAGAGUCAGGAAGUGUGUGGCAGCCUGACCCUGCAGCACCACAUGUUGGAACCAGUCCAGCGGGUUCCACGUUAUGAAAUGCUGCUCAGGGAUUACCUGAAGAAACUGCCCAAGGAUAACCCAGAUUAUGAGCUUGCCUACAAGUCCUUGCAGACCAUUUCCAUGGCAGCUACCCACUCAAACAGCGCCAUCCACAAAGCUGAGAGCCUGAAGCGGCUGCUGGAGAUCUAUGAGAUGGUUGGAGAGGAGGAAGUGGUCAACCCGACCAACGAGUUCCUCAGGGAAGGUCGUCUGCUCAAGCUUGCUGCCAGGAACACAUCUGCCAUGGAGAGGCACCUAUUCCUGUUCAACAACUUUCUGCUGUGCUGCACUCCUAAAUUCAGCCUAGUUGGGCAGCGUUUUACUGUGCGCUGCAGGAUUGGAGUGGAAUGCAUGCAGGUGCAGCAGACCACCAACGAAGACCACCCAUACACCUUCCAGGUCUCUGGAAAGGAGAGGACCCUUGAGCUGCAGGCCAGCUCUGACCAAGACAGAGAUGAGUGGAUAAAGGUAAUACAGGAAGCCGUUGAUGUGUUUCAGAAGAAAAAUGAAACCUUCAAAUUGGCUUUCAAGGAGCUAAAUGUGGAAGAACCAACUGAGGAACUUGGCCAACGUGCCCCCCGCUGGAUCAGGGACAAUGAGGUGACCAUGUGCAUGAAAUGCCAAGAACCUUUUAACGCAAUCACCAGGAGAAGACAUCACUGCAGAGCCUGUGGUUGUGUGGUCUGCUGGAAGUGUUCAGACAAUAAAGUGGCUUUAGAGUAUGAUGGUAACAGGCUUAACAAAGUGUGCAAAGCCUGCUACUCCGUCCUGACUGGUCAGAGAGGGGAAAGGGUGGAAGGAAAGAAGAGACGGAUGCUGGAGUCAGACAUGUCUGCAGUGUCCAGUGAAAGCGUAAUGAGUAGCUUCCUGCUGUAUGGUGACAACCCCAAGUCCUGGCAACAAGUGUGGUCUGUUAUCACCAUGACUGAACCCCUGGCCCUCUAUCUUUACACCGCUCCACAAGAUGUGAAGCCCCUAUCCUGCAUACCUCUACUGGGCUGCGGUGUGGACGAUUCCCCUCAGGAGCUCCAGAGUCAACCUUGUUUCUGUUUAAGCCAGUCCAAAACAACCCACACUUUCUCCUGCGACGGUUUGGACCUCAAACAGAGCUGGCUGAGUGUUCUGAAAGUAGCAGUGACAGGCAGGAUGCCGGCAAACAUUAAUGGUAAUGUGAAUGAUGGAAGAGUAUCCAGUGGUGAGCAAUUUAUCAUCAAUGGCAACGUGGAAAACCACUCCUGAAUGUUUGAGAUUUGGCACUAUGGAAAGUACUCAUACAAGUACGUACACAAACAUACAGCAACAGAUGAAACAAGUCCAUUGAUGUUAAAGAUGGUAGCUUUGAACUGCACAUUUGAUAAAGUGAACAUCUGUAAGAGAAAUUCAGGAACUGUGUUUUCCUUAGAAGUGGCAAUGCACUUUAUUUCUGAAAUGGUUUAGAGUAAAAUAAAUAAAGUGAAGGUGUUUUAACAUGAGUUGGACUGUACAGGUUGUCUUAGGUGCCAUGCGAUGUGGUGUGAAAAUAUGCUGUGUUAUUUUCUAACAGUGGACAAUUAAACACAUAAUUGCAUGAGGGUUCAGUGAUACACAGAGGCUCUGUGGGAUCAUAAUUGCCUUACAAAACACAUUCAGCUGAUCCCAUUUCUUCACAGAUAAUGUAAGAGCAAUUGAAUAUUUACACUCAAAACAGUUUACAUCUAAACAAAUUCUGACAACAAAUAAACUGAAAACAUUUUUAAAAAUU